AUGCAGUGUCGUAAAGUAGAGCCGAAUGUAAUAAUGAAUUCUGCAAGACUUAUGUAACGACCUAUUGAGACCAAUAAAUUGGAAGAAGAGAUAGUCAAUAUUAUGAAAAGCCCUGAAAAAAAAAGUCCCCAUAAUGGAAAAUGUCUCAAACGAACAACAUCUGGCCCAAUAAUAAAUUUACAACAACAAAUAAUCAUUUAAUAAGGUGGACCUAUUAAGGAAAACUUAGCAGAACAAAAAUAAAAGAAUUAAAUAAAAAAGAAGAAAAAGAAGAAGAAAACUCAAAAGAAAAAGAAAGUUUAACUAUAAGAUAAGUAAGAAUCAGAGUAGAGAGUUUAACAAUUAUUAAAAUAAAAUCUACGUAAACAUUAGAGUAAUUUUAUUCAAUAUAACAUAAGAGGAUAAGCAUGAAUAAUAAGUACAAGAGGAAAUAUAAAAAUAAAGAGUAGCAAGUUUGAAUGAAAUGAGAAAAAUAAUGGAUCAACAAAUUCGAUAAAUCAAUCAACAACGAUUUUCUAGGGUAUAUAAAUAUUUUAAGAUUAGUAAAAGUCUCCUCCUUCAUCUUUAUUACCUUGGGGUAUUGAUUAAAAUAAGUUAAAAUCUUAUUGGACAAAAAUGUUGGAGAUCCAUGAUAAAUUAGAAAAGCCAAUCAUUUAAAAUAAGACCUCUACAGAAUAAGCAAUAAAGGAGAAAAUAAGAAGACAUAAAUUAGGAUUAGAUUUUUUGAAUUCUAAACCUGAAAAAGAUAUUUAAAAAAUGAUAUAAAGUAAAAUUUAAUAGAUAUUCAAAGAAUAAAAAUCAAAAUAAGUGUUGGAAUCAAUAUCCUCUCCUUAAAAAAAUAAAAAUGAUUGUGAACAUAAAGAAGUAGAAUAAGAUGUUAAAUUGUAUAUGAUGUACAAAAGAGAACUAUUGCGAUAAUAAAAAAUUGAAGAGUAUAAAUUAUAUUUAUAUUUAUUUAGAAGACAACUAUAAAAAUUAAAAAAAGAAAAAGUUAUUUAAAAUCUAUAGAUCUUAAAUAAAGAAGCUAAAUAAUUUGCUAAAUCAAGAAAUGCAUCAAUUAAAUCCAAUUUAACCGUUUAAGCUAAUUCUUAACAUGUCCAACUUCAAUCAUAACAUUAUCGAACAUCAGAACCACCAAAUUUCAAUAAAUUAGAAAAAGAGUAUAAGGAAUUAAUGAGAUCACUUAGAUAAUCAAGUUAUAGCAGCACAUAAUCUCAUACAAGGAAAAAUAGCUAAUUAACUUUUAUAGAAUGGUUAUAGAAUUUGCCUGAAUAAUAUUUGCAAGAAUAAUUAAUAUAGAUGUAAAAUAUAAAUGAGUAGAUGAAUAGUUAAGGUUUUCAAUAUAAGUUAAGCGAACAAGAAUUAUAUUAAUUUUUAGAAUAAUUUUUGAAGGAGAAAUUUGAAUAAUAAUCAAAAUUAACAAUAAAGGAGAGAUUUUAAGAACUUCAAGGUAGAUUUUAAUUGGUCUCUAAUUAAUAAUAAUAAUAAUAAUAAUAAUAAUAAUAAUAAUAAUAAUAAUAAUAGUAAUAAUAAUAAUAAAAUUUAACUAAUCAUAGCAUUUCCAGUUCUAAAAGUAAAAAGCAAAUAUAAGAGAAACCAGAUUCUACUCCAUAAGAUUAAUCAUUUAACGAAAUAAGUGAAGAAUAAUUGGAAUAAAUUCAUAAUAUAGCUGCAACAAUGAUCUAAAAAGUAUGGAGAGGAUAUAAAACUAGAUAAUUAGUUUUUGAUUAUUUAAACUAUUUAAUAUAAUAGCAAGAAGAAGUGUAAUUAUAAGAUAAUGAAGAGAAAGAUCAAGAAUAAGCAUUAUUUGGUGAAUUAUUAUAAGAAGAUGAUCAGCAAUCUAUUAAUUAAGUUACAGAAUCAAAUAGGAAGCAAAAUCAUUUUGAAUAUUUAUAAAAUGACUCUGCAAUAUCCCAUCAUCAAGGAUAUGCUCCUCCUCCUUCUGAAUCUAUCCAUUAGUCAUCUCCUCAAUAAUCAAGUCCAAAAGGAAAUAAUAAUAUACCUCUUCUCAACUUGGAUUAAUUCUCUCAAUAAUAGCUACCAACUGCAUAAAAAUCUAAUAAAAAUACUUAAUUACUACCUUAAUAAGAAUCAGUUUGUUAAUCUUAAUCUGAAAAUUAAGAGUCAGAAAUUGAACAAAUCCAAGAUUCCACUCCUUAAAAAAUUAAGUUAAAUUAACAUGGAUUUAAUCAAGACCCUGAUUAUUAUGUCUAAGUUUUGAAAUCUCGUGAAGAAGCUUUAUAAUAGAAAUUUGAUAAAUAAGUUGCUUUAUUGGAUAAAAUGUUAGAAAAAAAGAAAGUGACUAAUGAGAUGUUCUUUGAAAAUAAAGAGAGAUUAGAAAGAAAAUAUAAAAGAGAAAGAGCAAAGUUAUAAUAAUCAAAAAAUGAAGUUGAAAGACUUCAAUAAAUGUUUAAGGAAACUAUAAAAUCUACUUAGAAAGACUAAUAAUUUAUGGAAAAGAUAAAGAUGUAGUGUGAUGAAGAAAAUCUUUCUAUUAGGUAAAUUUUUUCUUUAAGAUCCGAGACAGAGUAAUCUGAUUGUGACAUUGAAAAGAAACCUAUACCUCAUUAUGGUCUAUUAUAAAAAAUAAGUAUUUGUAUAUUAUAACUGUAGAAAAUGAUCAUUUUAAAAAAUAUCAAAAAAAUAGAAAAUAAGUUCGUAGUUUUGAUUAAUAAAUGAGUUUAGAUGAAAUUUCAAUGAAAAAUGAAGAAAUAUAAACAAGCACAUUAUUCAAUAUUCAUACAGAAUCCAUGUCUCAUUCAAUUCAUAAAUCUUAAUAAAUAAUUUCCAAUAAUUAAUAAUCUAUUCCAUCAUAAGAGAUAGUAUAAGUUGAAACUAUCGAAAUCCAAGAAAAUAUAGACCCUUAACCUAAUUAUAGAAGAUCAAUAAUACCUUUUGAUGAUCGUAAAAUUGACAGUGUUACUGAAAAUAUCGUAUAAAAUAUAAUAGUUGAGUUUGCUGAAGAAUUAAAUAAUUUCCCUCUAUAAUCAUUAGGUGUUUUAAUGGAAUGGGAUGAAGAGUCUUAAAUUGACUUUCAAUUUCCUCCUGGAUUUCCAACUACUCUAAAUUUCAUUAAAGAUUAUCUCAUAUCUUUCAGUGAAUUCAUUCAAAGUAACUAAUAAUUUUAUUAUUAGAACAUCAUUUAAAUGUCUUUAUUUAGCAAAUUAAUACUCCUUUAGGAAUAAGUCCUUAAGAUUUAUUAAAGACAAUUUCUUUAAGUGACAUGCAAUAAAACACUUUAGAUGAUUCUACAUCUGGUCCAUUAUACCCAUUAAUUAAAUACAUUCAUUAAAUGGAACCUCUCAUUGAUGAAGAUAUUUGGUCUAAAUUUAACUAAUCAUACUCACUUAAAUUGAAAUAUUUUAAUGACAUAAAUAUUAGCGAUUAAUUUAAGGAAUUAGAAAUGUUCCAUUUAAGAAUGGUUUAUGAAGCAUUUAAUGAGGCCAUUAAUUAUUUAAGACCUUAUGGAAUUAGAGGAUAACCUUAUCCUUGGAAAUCAAAUCCAUUAAAAGUCUAUCAAAAUUUGACAACUCCUGAAACAAUAGAUAGAGCAAUGGGAUUUGCUAUUGCCAAAAUGCUUAAAUGGGGAUCAUUUCUCUGUGGUUUCAUACCAGAAAAAAUUGAAACCCCUUAAGGAGAAAUAAUAGUAAUAGAGGAUGAUUAUUUGAAUCAAAUUAAAGAAGAUCGAUUGUAAUAGAUGUUAGAGUAUGAAGUAUGAUAAUCUAUUUAUUCUAAAGAUUUAAGAAUCCGAAGAGAAAUGGCUUAAUUAUGAUGAGGAAUAAGCAGAAGUUGCAGUAGAAUUAGCAGAUAUUGUAUUCGAAGCGAUGUUAGAUGAAGCUGCUGAAGAAAUAUUCAGAGCUAGUUCAAGGUAAGCGAUACCAAAAAAAUAAUUUCAAUAUUGA